CUUUUCCUCGCUCACAUCCAAAUCAUAUAAACCUGAGGGCCUCACACCUUCACCCAGGUCAAAUUUCUUGGGCAAAUCACAGCAGCCUCUCCGGGAAACAAUCAAGAUUCCGCAGUUCGAGAGGAGCUCCGCGCCUCGUCGACGUUCGUACCCUGGAAUUAUAAACCUUUUACGGCUUCUUUCCUCCGACUGAAGUCGCUUUCAGAAUGACGACGGCGCACAAGUCGGUGGCUUCGUCUGGCUUCGCUCAUUGAACUUUAGGGAAUAUAUUUUAAGCCUUGAAUGCGUCCCGUUGGCUGCAGAUCCCCGAGAAAAGGCAAGUUUGGGGCCGCAGCAGAGAGAAGCCGUGGGCGACGGACAACACGGAAACGACCACCGCCUGUUCGCUGAGCCGCUCAACAUGAACCUGAUCGGGGGCUACCAGCAUCACCACCACCUGAUGCACGAACCCUUCCCCUUCGUCCAGCGGUGCCACCAGGACGCGCCGUACUUCCAAAGCUGGGUGGUGAAUCACGCGGAGGUGCCGUCGGACUUCCAGAUCCAGCCGCCGUACGCGGCCGCGGAGCUGGGGGCGCCCGGGGGGGCGCACGACGCCCGGCUGGAGGGGCUCCAGGCGGGGAUGGGGAAGAGGAGAGCGUCCGGGCCGAAGAAGGAGCGCCGGAGGACGGAGAGCAUCAACACGGCGUUCGCCGAGCUGAGGGAGUGCAUCCCGAACGUCCCGGCGGACACCAAACUUUCUAAGAUUAAAACUUUACGCCUGGCCACCAGUUACAUCGCCUACCUGAUGGACGUCUUGGCCAAAGACUCCGGGGAGACGGAGGGCUUUAAGGCCGAGAUUAAGAAAUUUGAAAACCGGGAUCUGAAAAGGAAACGAGAAGUGACCGACAGCCUGCCCGACUCCUUAGGACACGAGAAGAAGGCGAAGGGCCGCACCGGGUGGCCGCAGCAGGUCUGGGCUCUGGAGCUCAACCAGUGAGGGCUUCUGCGUCCUCGCGCCUCCUCAUCCCCGAACCUCAUCAAAGACUCUGGAUUGAGACCAGAUUAAAACCACUGACUGGCUGACGCUCAAUGCACCGUUGCGCACGUGCAAUGACAACUGAAGGACAGCCCGUAAACGGCGGAGGAAACUCCGAGGCGCUGUUUUCUCCUGGCGAAUCUGGCUGUAGGUGUUUGAUAUUUGUGGUAUUUCUGCUUUCGAUGUUCCCACCCUCCAGUACUGUAGACCAGAUGUGGCCACGGUGUCAAAAACCUCUGUCUUCCCUAAAAUGCGUCUCUCUGGCGCUGAAACGGCAAAAUCAGUUGUGGCAAGUAACAAAUAUAGUAAAUCCUGAAUAAAACGUGAGAUCAAAGGCAUCGUUUAAAUUAUCAUUAUUAUUUUGACUUUAGGUGAGCUACCGGCUGUAAAAUUGUUUGAUAAAUGAAUAUAUUAAAAUAUCGUCAAACUGCGUUCACCACUCAGCGCGUUUUAGCAUAUUUCCGUAUUUAUUUCCUGUGUGUGUGUGUUUGUGUGUGUAGUCGAAGCCUUUCUCUGACUUGUUUUAUCGUUUUAUUUUUCUUCUUUUAUUUCGCUAUAGAAACUUUCCUAAACCCGACGCUAAGGAAAUCAUUAUUGAAUAGAUCCAAACGUAUUUUUUAUUUUAUGUAUGAAUUUACUUUGAACGUCUUCCAUUUAUACAUUUUACAAAAGAUAUAGCGAACAUUGACAAGUAAAAUUACUUAAAAUACAAACACACACGCUGAUACUGAAUUUAAAAGCGCUAGUACUUAAAAUAAUGACAAACCAAAUAACGGCCUACUUUGCGUCUCACGCAGGGCCACAGGCUACACAAUUACACAAUUAAAUGGAUAGUUGCAGGGGUCAAACAUGAUUGUGGUCUUGUUGGGAAAAGAGUCCAGAGGACGCAAGUUUUGAGAAGAAAAGCUUUUUGACACCGAAUUUGUUGCAGUCAGAAUAUUUAAAAUCCAGUUUGUCGGUCCGAUCAUCUGAUUGUCAGGUCUUCAGGCUGUUAGAGAUGUUUGUGUAAAGUCUGUUUAAAUAUACUGACCUGAAUCUACCUCAAAAUUAAUGUCACUGUCCGUUUAGAAAAGAGGGAAACGUUCAGAAUGCGACAGUGAACAAACAAAAACAACUACGAGGGUUCAUAUUACCGUGCGGAAUGUUGAUGCAAAUGUACAUUAGAUGUGAAGUUAUAUAGUUCCGUAAAUAAAUGAAUUAUUUUAAGCCAACGUUGGUGUUGAUACGUGUCCAAAUAAUGGGAAUAAUAUAAUGAUCAGAUCAGGUUCUUCUUUUUGGUUUGAUUUGGCUGCGACUUAUUUAGAGGGAGACGAACCAGGAGCCUUAACGUAAAUUCACGGCAAUAUGUCGAAUUCAGGCCAAAAGCUUAAACGCCACCAGACGCUUGAAGAGUUUGACUAAAACAUGGAAAAACAAAUGAUUUAUACGUGAAAGUAAAUAAAAAUCUGUUUUCUUUCGUUUUUUUAAAUUUAAAAUCUUAAUAGGAGCGUAAGUAGAUGACGCCAAACAUUUGACUUUGUG